UAAAUUAUAAUAUUAGUGACAAAGCAAAGAAGUAACUAAUAACGAAAAUAGCUAAAAAUAUGACAUAUUCAAAAUAACAUAGGCUAUUAAUUCCUUUUAGAAACACAAAAUUAUAUACAUUAUUAUUAACACCAAAAACAGUUAUUUUAAGAGAUCAUAGAAAUUUAAAAUAAACUAUAAAACUCUGUGCCGACUAAUUAGAAAAUAAUAUAAAUAAUCUUAAAAUGAAUCUAUUCUAAUUAUGAGCCUUAACAAACAAUCAUCAAUGCGGCCUUUCCAGUAGUAUCCAGUAAAAUUGCUAAAAUUAGUAGGCUAAAAGUGGUUAAAACUAGCUAACAAAAUCAAAUGUCUCAAAUUCGAGUCGGAAUCUUGUCUAGAAUUCUUACAAAUUUAAAAAACACAUUUUUUAUAGCAAAGUCAAAGGCCAAGUUUGUUGGUUCUGAUCAAUUUGGCAAUCGGUAUUUUGAGAAAGCUGGCGAUGAUGAACACAGCAUGCGAGCUUCAAGGUUUAUUGAGAAAAAGCCUGGACAAGACUACUCAGAUAUUCCUCAAAUUCCUGUUGAAUGGCAUGCCUGGUUGAGAGGUCGCAGGACAGAUCCACCAACUCCAGAGGAAAUUGAAAAGAACAAUGCUAAAAACAUGCAGACAAAACUCAGAGCUCAAGAACUGGAAAAAAAAUUUGCCAAGCAAAACCUUUCAUCAGAUUCUGGUUCCCAAGCCAUCACAGAGGACAUCAAGCCUCCACAAACACAGCACUCAUUUCCCGUUUAUGAAGAGUAUGAAUAUAAACCUGGCCAAAAGUAUAACAAAGAUGGUAGCAGUAUCAAUUGAAUUUCUGUUUGGACGGAAAAUUGUGUGUACAUUGUUUAGGUACUUUUCCUCAUCAUAGAGUACAAGACUGACAGCUACAUGUGUACUGAUUUAAAAGUCUUUACUAGCCUUUCACCUCUUUUCUAUAGAUAGUUGAUAAUUAUAAUUAUAAAGAAACUUGCAAUAUUUAUGGAUAUUAUACGGAAGAAAAUUUAAUACUAACAUUAUGUCUGUCUGUCUUUUCUUUCAUUCUAUCUAUUAAUUUCAGAUUAAGAGUUCUAUAUUUAGCCUGCUAAGCCUACAACAUUGUGAUUAAGUCAAUACAGUACCUAGUUAUUUGGAAUAACCCUUAUGAGCAUUAGAUUUCAGACUCGUGUAUAUAAUUUUGUAUAGUUGGAAAAUAAACUUUCAAAAUUUCUCUGA